AUGAAGUCCUUAUUAUUCACUCUUACAAUUUUUGUGCUCCUGGCCCACUUGGUCUCAGGUCAUUUAUUCUUGAAAAGGUGUGAAAACAAAACGGGAUAUUGCAAGAAGAAAUGCGGUAAUAGAGAACUUCAAAAAGAUCAUUUGAAAUGGAGAUGUGACAGACAUAAGGUGUGCUGUGUUCUGGCUAUCGACAACAAGAUUAAACCCUUAAGUUCCGGUAAUAAAAUCGUCAUGCCAACUGUUAAGAAUCAACUAUCAACCACUAAGAAACUGAAAACUACACUAAUGGUGAUCACUGCUUCUACUAUUUGA